AAUGAGAAGCGAUCGCAGCUGUGCUGGGAAGGGGAGCUUCCACGCGAGGCACAGCGACGUCCUCUACGGGCACGCUUUUGUUGCGCAGCUGCGUGUGGCACACAGAUGCGUGCGACGACAGCGUGCUGGGUACGCGUGGCUUUCUGCACAGCAACACCCUAUGACGAGAAGGAUUUAUUCGUGUCACCCAGGAGUUCUCUUUUACCGGGCUACCCGAGGACGAGACCUGCGACUCCCGCGCGGCGACCUUCAGGCUCGACCGGGUGAGCCAACCGUCGACUUCACCCGGAAAGCAGGCGCUCGCAGAUGACUCGCUGGACAACUCAUAGAUCAUCAAACGGGCCGGCAGGAAGGAAACUACCUGCGCGUUGUCAGCGGCAUGGAGAUCAAGGUCUCCAAGCUCCACUGGUUCCCAUGGAUCUUUGUGUUCACGCUGACGAUCACCGUCAUGAUCGUCUACGCGUGGAGCGUCCUCAUCGGCGACGUGCCUGUGUUCUUACCGUACGUCAGCGAUGCUGGUGGCAAUCCUCCGCAAAGCGCACUAUUCGGACUCGCCCUGAUCGCCUGCAUCCUUUCGGGCUUGAUACCCAUGCUGGUGCGCUUCUUCGCGGUUCGAGCGGUGGAGUGCAAGCGCAAGAAGUUCGUCACACUUCUCAACUACCUGUCGCUGAUUAGCGGCCUGCUGGCCGGCGUAGGUUUGGCCAUGGUCGCUACCAACCCCGUCAGUCACAUACGGCGGGAUGGCACAUGGUUGCUGCCGGUUCUCCUUCCACACAUCGCUGGCGCCGGUCUGGCUUUCGUUUUCUCGACGGGCUACUUCAUCAUCCAGGCCAUGUUCGUGUGGUUGCUGGGGCACGACCACUGUCGUCCAGUGCUCGGAUACGCCAGGAUAGUCGCCUCGUUGGCCACCAUUGGCGGUGCUAUAGCCAUGGCCGCGUUUGCUCCAUUCAACAGCCUAGAAGACUUCAAGCCCAACCCACAUCGUGGCACUAUUUAUCGCGGCCUCAGCCCAUGGUCCUCCGUUGGAGAGUGGAUUCUCAUCAUCGGUCUCAUGUGCAACUUCCUCACGCUUUCCGCGGACAUGAAGGCGGUCAACGUCACCAUCAACCUAGAGAACGUCGUUGUCAACAGUGAAGCGCAGCAGGAGAAAGAAUCGAACAAUGAGAUGAUGAAGUUCUAGUGGGAUCACGCGGCGGCGUGGACAUUGCAGUGCGGGUUUCGCCGUUAAGGUCAAUGGGCAUUCAGGGCGCCUCCCAGCACUGGUCAUCAAACGAGCCUCACGAAGUGGUUUUGUGUACGAAACGGCAAGUUGCAUUAGGAACCGGAACCCACUCCUGUGAACUGUGUGCACUGCGUUACGAACUGUUGCUGGUUAGUUCAUCUUAGUCGCUGAAGAGUCGUUGCUAGCUACUGGCAGAAAGUCUGCGAUGAUAUUCCAAAAUAUCUAGUGUAUGUAGUCAGGAAGGAUACCUCGUCUGGCAAGUUUAUAGAAUUCACUUGGAAUCCGCAUCAUUGAGCUUCAAGCAAGAGGGAGAGGAAGCAAGAGAGAGUCAGCACAGUCGGAUCGUUUGACUUCAGGCUCGUUUACUUGAAAAGCAACGUGAUGUUAAGCACUAAUGUUCAACUUGACAUGCAGUAAAAAGGGAAGCGACAAUUCGAAAUCUCAGAAAGCCGGACAGAAACUAUUUAAAGAAAUAGUGUGAUUUGAUUUGUGAAUCAAACUAAGUGACCACAGAUGUUCAGGACGACGAACACUCCAGGAACGAUUAAAACAGUAGUCUCAAUUUGGUGUGCUGGUAGCACGUGGCCAGCGUUCCUUGCUAAACGAUGGCAUGGAUUGCAAUCACCACUUUGCUCAAAUUUGGCUGUUGCUUAUCAGAUGUACGGGCCAUGCGGCUAGAGCUUGAAAGAAAACAAUUUAGCCAGGUUCAGAGCGUUUCUGGUGACUAGCUAUUAUGCAACUCUACAAUCGUGACAUUACCUCGUCAAAUCCAUGUGUCAGUUUCUAAAGCAUGCCCUCGUAUACGUAGAAAGUUCCAUUAUUACGCCGUUUUUAAAGCAAUACAUGCAGCAUAUAAGACUCCACGUUGCUUCUACAUGUCCACUUUGAACGGGAAACGCUCAGAGAAGCUCGCAGCGCCUUAGUCGCAGGUUGAACGCACACAUACAUAUAUUGAAACCUGUAAAUACUCUGUACAUUUUGUAUUAAAAUGCUUCAUUUAUUUCUUUUCUUA